AGGCAGCUGCCCCGGAUCGCGCUGCCAGCGUCGGCAGAGAAAAGCCUGGCUUUAAACCCGGGGUCUGGCAGCUGCCCCUCUGGCCGUCUGGGCCAAGGAGGGUUGGUACCUCUGGCAAAGCACUGGGCCUCGGGUAGUGAAAAAGAAAAUACCAAGAUGAGUAAGAAGCCUCCAAAUCGUCCUGGAAUCACGUUUGAGAUUGGUGCUCGUUUGGAGGCACUGGACUAUUUACAAAAAUGGUAUCCAUCUCGUAUUGAGAAGAUAGAUUAUGAAGAGGGGAAGAUGUUGGUCCAUUUUGAACGUUGGAGUCAUCGCUACGAUGAGUGGAUUUACUGGGACAGCAAUAGGCUGCGACCCUUGGAGCGACCAGCAUUAAGGAAAGAGGGAUUGAAAGAUGAUGAAGAAUUUGUUGAUUUUAAACCUGGAGAAGAAGUCCUGGCUCGUUGGACAGACUGUCGAUACUACCCUGCAAAGAUUGAAGCAAUUAAUAAAGAGGGAACAUUCACAGUACAGUUCUAUGAUGGUGUUAUUCGAUGUCUUAAGAGGAUGCAUAUCAAAUCUAUGCCAGAGGAUGCAAAAGGGCAGGCGCGCGAGAGGGAGCAGAUAGCGCCGGAGCUGAGAUUAGUGACGGAAAUCGAACCAAAAGAAGACUGGAUAGCUUUGGUCAAAGCUGCUGCAGCUGCAGCAGCCAAGAACAAAGCAGGAAGUAAACCUAGAACCAGCGCAAACAGCAAUAAAGAUAAAGAGGACAGAAAAUGGCUAAAAGUUCCUUCAAAAAAGGAAGAAACUUCAACCUCUACAAUCAUGCAGGAAGUCCAAAAAAAGGAAGAGGAGCCUACGUCUAGUGACACAUUUGUAGGAUUUCCUGUAGUGGAUGUUCCAAAGAUGGCCUUUGUGCAGACAGAGAGCACGUUAUCACACAAGAGGAAAAGUAAUCUAGGCAACUCAUUUCAGGCAAAGAGAGCUCGUCUUAACAAGAUCACUGGCUUAUUGGCAUCCAAAGCUGUUGUUGCGGAUGGUGCUGAAAAAAAGGAGGGCAACAAAGAAACAGCUCCAGUGCUGGAGCAGGAGAUUUCACCUAAACCACAAAGUCAGAAAAAAAAUGAAGCUGAUAUUAGCAGUUCUGCCAACAUUCAGAAACCUGCACUGUUAUCCUCAACUUUGUCUUCAGGAAAGGCUCGCAGCAAGAAAUGCAAACAAGAAUCUGGAGAUUCUUCUGGGUGUAUAAAGCCCCCUAAAUCACCACUUUCCCCAGAAUUAAUACAAGUCGAGGAUUUGACGCUGGUCUCACAGCUUCCUUCUUCUGUGAUAAAUAAAACUAGUCCAUCACAGCCAGUGAAUUCCCCUAGAUCCUACAAACAUAGCCAACGGAGAAGAAGAUCACAGCGUUUAGCCACUUGCUCCUUGCCUGAUGAUUCUGUAGAAAAAGUUUCUUCUCCCUCUUCAGUUACUGAUGGAAAAGUGUUCUCCAUCAGUGGUCAAAACCAACAAUCAUCAAAAUUGGAGGUACCUGAUGUUGCUCAUAUGUCACUUGAGAAGCGUGGACCAUGUCUCCCUCUUGAUUUAAGCCAUAGUUCGGAAGUUACUGCACCAUUAUCCACAGAAUCCACUUUCCGUAAUGAAUAUCCCAGUAAAGACAAGGAAGAUAUUCAGAUGAUUACAUAUCUUUCUUCCAAAGCAGUAACUGAUGGAAGAGUAGCUACAACAGCGUCAGGUGCAGUAAGAAUGGAUAGAAAGGGAAAACUGGAGGAGAAGAGUUCUUCGACAUACGGUAAAAAGAAAGAAAAGGAAAAGGAGAAAAAAGAGAAAAAGGAGAAAGAUCAUAAAUCAAAACAGAAAAAGAAGAAGAAAAAAAAGAAGAAAUCUAAACAGCACGAUUAUUCAGAUUAUGAAGAUAGUUCUGUUGAAUUCUUGGACAGGUGCUCCUCUCCCUUAACCCGGUCCUCGGGGAGCUCCCUGACCUUGCGCAGCAUGUUCUCAGAGAAGAAUACAUCCUACCAGUAUCCAAGAGCUAUCUUGUCUGUUGACCUUAGUGGAGAAAACCUUUCAGAUGUGGAGUUCUUGGAUGAUUCCUCUACAGAGAGCUUGUUACUUAGUGGUGAUGAGUACAAUCAGGACUUUGAUUCAACUAACUUUGAAGAGUCUCAGGAUGAAGAUGAUGCUCUCAAUGAAAUUGUUAGGUGCAUUUGUGAACUGGAUGAAGAAAAUGGCUUCAUGAUUCAGUGCGAAGAGUGCUUGUGUUGGCAGCACAGUGUGUGCAUGGGACUGCUAGAGGACAGCAUUCCAGACCAGUACAUCUGUUAUAUCUGCAGAGAUCCACCAGGUCAGAGGUGGAGUGCCAAAUAUCUUUAUGAUAAAGACUGGCUAAACAAUGGGCACAUGUGUGGUUUAUCAUUUUUGAAAGAAAACUACUCUCAUCUUAAUGCCAAAAAGAUUGUGUCAACCCAUCACCUGCUGGCAGAUGUAUAUGGUGUAACUGAAAUACUGCAUGGACUGCAGCUGAAGAUUGGGAUAUUAAAAAAUAAGCAUCACCCAGACCUUCAUCUCUGGGCUUAUUCAGGGGUGAGAAAAGAACAAGAAGAAAUAACUGUUGGGGUAGAGAAAAAAUUAGUGACUUUACCAGAUGUUGUUAAUCCAACUGAAAGGACGUAUCACAGUCAGAACCAUAAGGAGCCCCCCAGUAUACCCCAGAAGAUGGAAGAAACAUACAUCACAAGUGAGCACAGUUACCAAAAACCACAGAGUUUUGGUCAAGACUGCAAAGCAGUCGCUGAUCUUAUGAGCUCAGAUGAUGAAGAUACAAGUAGUUUUGAGGAAGAUCAGGAAUUUCACACAGAGAGUAAAAACUGUUUACAAUAUUCUUUUAAAGAUGAUGGCAUGAAUGAGCAGAAUAAUUCUGCUGAAGGAAACACUGUGUUUGUUUGUAAUGAAAGAAAAGGCUCAGAAGAACAAGUGGACACACAUCUUCAAUGGCAGCUAAAUCUCCUUACCCAUAUAGAGAAUGUACAGAAUGAAGUCACCAGCAGAAUGGACCUGAUUGAAAAAGAAGUUGAUGUUUUAGAAAGCUGGCUUGAUUUCACUGGAGAACUGGAACCACCAGAUCCUCUGGCAAGAUUGCCUCAGCUCAAGCGACGUAUCAAACAGCUCUUAAUUGACAUGGGGAAAGUACAGCAAAUAGCAACACUUUGCUCUGUAUGACAAAAGGAAGAAUAAAUAAAUAAAAAUAGGUUCUUAACAAUGAAUUUUCUUAUUAGCCACAAGACUGACAGGAAGACAGCAAAAAGCUGAGCAUUUAUCUCUUUCUUUGCCGAUUAUUUUAAUAGCCUGAAGCUUUAGAGAGAGGAGAGUAAAAUCUAGAGUGAGGAAUAUAUGAUGCUGAAAACCUGAGUAUUCAAUAUCCAAGCUUCAAAAUGUAAUAUACUACAUACUGAGAAAUGUUGGUAUGAUUCUAGCAUGCUAAACAAGUAAAUCCCCACAUGUAAAAAACUUGAACAAAAAAAACCUCUGUGAAGAGCAGUGCUACUACUUUGAAACCUUUGGUAAAAAUUUCUAAAUCCUCAGAGUUCAACUAAAAAAAAAAUUCUUUGGAACUGCUUUUUUGAUGCAAGUGAAAGAUAGACACAGAGAGAUCUGUCUCCUCUCUACAAGGAAAGUUUUUUUUAGAUUAUUUCCUUCUCGUGGAAUGUUCAGGAAAAUUAAAAUAGUAGCUUUGAUUUUUGAAAGAAAUUACUUAUCAUGGUCUGGUUUUAAAAAUAUUUUUGAAAUAGAAAAUCUUUUUGCAGCACCCUUAGGCUCCUUUAAAUCUUAAGUGGCAAAUAAUUGUCAGAUGUGCCAAAUAAUAUUAAAACCACUGGGAUAAGAUUUUGAUUGACUUACAUGAAGGUUUUUUCCAAAGUCCAACUCAGUGCCAGUAAUAAAUCCAAAAUUGUAUCUAGUUUCUAUUUUUUUAUGUUCUAUUGCAGUAUUUGGGAUUCAAGGUACAAUUGUUUUCCUGGGUAGCUCUGUUCUGGUGUUGGCCCUCUGCAACUUUACCAUCCUCAGCUGGGAUGAGGAAUGACAAAAGCAGCAAAAGUGUCUGUGGCUGUGAAUAAAUACUAAACCACUAGGAUAAAUAUCACAAGAUACAUUAUCCAAGAUGUUUUUACAAAAUCUUUCAGCUUCAGUGAAUGAAACUACAUGAAACCAAAGGCAACCUACUUGCUCUGUUAACUCUUGCUGGAUUUUGAGCCCAGGACCUGCCCUGUGCUCAUCAGUUGCCGCUGUACCCAGUGCUACACACAUCCUUGUAUGUGUAUGUAUGUCUCUAGAGAUACACAUACUAUAUACAUUUAUAUCUACACCUCUAGUUUUAUUACAAUAGACUAUGAGAACUGGUGGUUAACAUGAAAUGUUACAUUUUAACAAGCAAUUUCUAAAAUUGAAAAUAAUGUAUGUACAGGUUUUGAAAUUUGUAAAAUAUGACUGUUGAGAGGAGGCUAUUUAACUGAUGACAUUAGGAUACUUGAACAUUUUAUGCCUCACGUCUGUUUAUCAGUUCUAGUUAUCUGUAUAAAUGCAUUUUAGAACCGAUAGACAGGAAACUUGAAUUUACCUUUUGAUAAGAGUACAAGCCACUGUACAUUCAAAAAUUAUUUAAAUUUGCAAACACACUGUUCUAUAUGUAAGGUACUGUAUGUAUAACUGUUUAUUAAAACUAUUCUGCAUACUCCACAUUUUCCACUUUUCUUCCUGAUCUACAGACAAAUGUAAAUGAGAAGUGAUUGUUAUAAUGUACAGACCAUCAAAAAUCAAAAAGUCUUGGAAUGGCUUUAGAGAAUGCAUAAAAUUGAAAAAUGUGCCAAAGAUGGAUUAUCUGGGAAAGACUUUGCAACCAAUGCAUUGAACUUUCAUGGUAAAACCAUUAUUGAGAGAGAAAGCAGCAUGGCUGGUUCAUUGCUAAAAUAAACCCACCCUGACAUUUCCCACCUGUCUGUCAUGUCUGAAGUGAGUUAUCACUCUUGAUAUCCAAAGCAAAACGUAAACCCCUGCUACAGAGUGGUUGCUAUUUAAAAAUUUGCCUCAACGAUCUUGUAGGAGACAUUACAGAGGUGUGUGGCAACGUGGAAGUUAAUUACAGAAUCAUGAUUGGCAACUUCAUAAUGCAGAAAGAACACGAGCUGAGCAUUUGCUGACGUUUUUAUAGCAACUGAUAAUAAGUAAAAUAUUCUGUUAUACAGUUGGAUGUUUAAAUAACUGCUUCAAACAGUAUAAAUAGUUGAGUGACCUACUUGCUUUUGGAUAUGUGAGACUUUUUUUAUAUAUUACUCACUUACUGCAUAUCCUUGAAUGUGGUACUAUGUGUACUGUAUAAGAGAAGUGUAAAUCCAGAUGAAUUACUUUGAAACAAAGUGGAGUGUAUUUACAUAGUUUAUACAGCAUACACUGUAGCAGUAUUAUGCAAUGUGUGUGCAUGCGUGUGAUGUAAUAUAACUGUAAAUGUUACUGAAGGGGGAGAGGACAGAGAUAUUCCAGGCUGGGAGGAUGGAGGUUUCAUUCUUAGUGCAGAGAUGGAGGAAUGGUAUCCUGAAAAGGAAAUUGCAAGGUCAAAGUUUAAGUUGCCCUUGCAGCUUUAACUUGCCUUCUGUUUGUAUAUGUAAUGGUCUCUAAAUUUACAGGACUACAUAUGUGAUUUUUAUCCCUCAGGAUCCUGCCUUAUUCAGGAUGGACUGUGCUUACAAAAACAAAUAAUCUGUUCAGUAUUUUUUACCUUCAUUUCUUGUGUAGUCACGAUAAAAAAAUUGUGCAAGCAUUCUGAGAAAUAGUCUCAGUGUCCUUAUGGACAGUGCUGUGAUCCAUUGUGCAUUGUUUGAAUGCUUCACAAACUUGUCUGAAUUUGCUUUCUCAAACUGUGAUGUUAGUCUGUAAUGUGAGUGUUAGUUUUGUCCCCAGUUUCUCACGUAAUCAGAGGUUUGGGAUGCUUUUGAAGUUUUUUUUAUUCAAACACUUAUGAGUCAAGUGCCAUAAAAAGGUUAAGUGUUUUGCACAGAAUGUAACCUGCAGUCUGUUGCUUUGCUUGUGUGCUGGUCAAACCUGAUGUGAUCUGGCUCAUACCAGUACUACUUCUAGUUGGCCUUAUUAAGAGAAUCCUUCUCCUCAUUUUCCAUCUGUCUUCCUGCUUCCUUUGUAAAUAAGCCAGGGAUGUACACACAGUCUAUCUGCAAUGUCAUUUAUUGGGGUAUGAAUUGCAAUUAAUUGAUGAAGGAAGCAGACUCUCUCUGGGGAAGAAAUAUGGCAGUGUAAGGACUUUUUUAAUGCAUGUGCACAGAAAGGUAAUUUUAAAAAAUUCACAGCCUUCUUUUAAGUUCUUAAUAGUAAUAAACAAAAGGGAAAUGCCUUUGUACAGAAACCUCUUCUGCUGUCACAGGGCUAAAUGCCAAACUUGUGGAGCCUUUCAAUAUCCAGUUUUUUGUCUUGAGGGUUGUUUUUAUUUUUCCUGGAGUUAUCAGGGUGAUUCAUUUCAAAGCCUUCCACUUCCUGUAACUUUUUUGUAGGCAUCUAAAGCAGGAAUUCUCUUUUCAGCCACAUUGAUGGCAGUAGGACAUCAGUAUUGCAGUGAUUUGUGGAACCUCAUCUUGGAGCCAUGGUUGGAUUCCACAUGAUGGGGCUACUUGUGUUUCAGUUGCAAGAUGGAGGUACUUCAAGUCAUAUGGCUGGGAAUGAGUUGAAAGAUGCUUCCUGCUAACCUUUUCCUUGGGUAGGUUUAGGUUGAGUAGUGCCCAUAGUUUGGAUAUUCUGGCCUUAGAUGCAGAGAUCUUUGCUCAGCUAAGGAGUAAUGUACAGUGGUAGAAGCUGUCAUCCUCUAAAAUAGUCAAAGAUGAUGAGUUCCUGUUUCCUGAUGGAAAUAACAGAUUUGCUUGGUGACAUAGAACUGAAAUUGGUCUUCCAUGGGUGCAGUCUUCUUGUAUGGCUGACAUCCCCCCAUUUCUUAGUUUUGUCUCUGAACUUCUACAUGUGCUCCUCAUCUGCUUGUCCUACAGCUUGCAACUGUUCCUCCUUUUGUUUUUCAUCUUUUUGCACUCUGGCUUCUUCUGUGGUGUCGAGAGGGUUCUACUCCUCUCUUCUUGUGCCCAGUUCUUUCUGGCUGCUGUGGGGAAAGGUCUCCUCUGCUUUUCUGUCUGCAGCCCCCAGUGUGUCCCAUGAGCUCUGUCUGAUUGUAGUGCAUGUACCAUGAUCAAACUUGAGAUAUUUUUGCUGCCUUCUUUUACUGAGCCAUGCCUGAUCUUGUGCAAACAGUGAUCUCUUCUUGAUCCCAUCUGACUUCUAACUUCACUAGACUUGAAUGAUUAUUGCAGGAAAACCACUCUGGCACUGAUGGGCUCCAGCACUCCUUACCAAACUGAAGGUUGGGAUGCAAAGGAGUCAUUCUAACCACAGUAAAAUUAUAAAAAUAUUUUGAUGCUUGCAAAGCAGAAUUUUUUCCUUUGAAUUGGAAGGGAAGCUGCAAUCAUUCUUCUUCACUGAAACCUUAAGUGAAACACAACAGACCUUGAGCUGAACUGGAGCUUGAUGUUAAAAUCAGUAACAGAAGGAGGGAGUGGGAGGCACAUUGCAAACAGGGGCUUUGUAACCAGUGUGCAAUCAGGUCAUCUUGACUAUCUAACCCUGUUAGUAGUUAUUAUAUGGAGGUGCUGAUGGGUAAAGGAGGUGCAUGUAAUGAUGCCAUUCAUUUGCAAAUAGGACCCAUCUUUGCCGUGUUGGUUUAGAACACUGGAACCAUAUGUUUUCUGCCUACUGCUUACAAAAGUUACAUUACAGGCAUCUUAAUUUUGAAGUGCUUACUAAGAUCAGAGCCUUCCUCACUUUCAAAAUGCCCAUUGCUCUUCUUACAGUUCGUUAGCUGACACUUUUUCCUGUUGUACUGAGUCCAUAUGGCUAUAUGUGAUCAUUUUACAGAGGAUAUUUGAAAUAGUUCAGUAAUGAUUUUUAUUAUACUAUGUUAUGUCCUGGGUGUUGGGGGUCUGUCUUUAGCAAUAAGUAUUAUACACUGUGUGUAUAUCUGUUUAUAUAUGGAAAAAAAGUGUGAAGCAUGUAACGAUGGUGAAAAUACACUGCACAGAGAGCAGACUGCGCUUUUGGCAGCCAUUCUGCAUCAGCCUGAACAACCCAAAUAAAUAAAAAUUGGAGACUGCGUGGAGAAAACAAACUAGCAUGAAAAAAUCAUUCAGGAGUGAAUUUCCUUUUCCACACACACCGGGUCUGUGUGUAAGGGAUGGAUCAACCAGCCUCAUUAUCUGGGUUGAAUACCUGAAGCUAGUUCCUGGCUCUUAGUCUCAGACACCACCCUGCCUUUCCUCAAAACCAGGCAGAGCCACCCCUGUUCGGCUGUAGCCACACGUGUCAGUGUAUUGUCACUACACACUCAGAGAGGCAGCAGUGCACUACUAUUAAAUCUUCUAUGAGAGAAGCAAACUACUUUCUUCUGUGAUGUUUUUUGUUUUUUUGUUUUGGUUCUUUUUUUAUAAUAGCAAUAAUGUUGACUGCAUUCUAAUACUCACAAUAAAGGUCUGUUGAGAUUGUUAUG